GCGCUUCCGGAGGCGCUGAGGGAGCAGCCGCAGCAGCGGGGACGCUUGCAGGCCUGGACCUUCCCCUCGCUGGGCUCUGCAGAUGGUGUGGUGGGAAGGAGCGGCUCUGCGAGGCAAGGCGGGGAAGAAGGCGCAGGCCUCACCCGCACGGCGACGCUGCUCUGAGUGAGGCCCGGCCAAGCCCUCACCGGGACGCCGCGAGGGAAGCCGCGCUGAGGAGGCGGAAUCGCGGCCAGAAAGAGCGGAACCCCGCCCCGCCCCGCCGAGCCCUCGAGGCAGCAGGCAGGGGGGCCUGUAGAGCAGAGCCUCGGCCAUGGCACAGGCAAAUCUCAAGUUACUCAUCUGGUUUGGAUUAUUAAACUGCUUUAUCGUUUACGUAUUCACCCAGCAAGGUGGGAGCAAUUGUAUAAAAGUUAAUGCAAAAUCAUGUGCUGACUGCAUACAAGCUGGACCAAAUUGUGGAUGGUGCAAAAAUAUAAGCUUCCUUCAAGAUGGGGAAUCCACUUCAGCACGAUGUGAUGACUUAGAAGUUUUAAGAAGUAAGGGUUGCCCUCCAGAGGAAAUAGAAAAUCCUAGAGGCUCUCAAGAGAUGCUCAAAAAUAAGGAAGUAACGAAUCGUGUCAAAGGUUCUGCUGAAAGUCUCAAAGAGGAGAACAUUACUCAGAUACAACCACAGCAAGUGGCACUAAAGCUACGAAUAGGGGAACCACAGACCUUCUCAUUAAAAUUUAAGAGAGCAGAAGAUUACCCUAUUGAUCUGUAUUACCUUAUGGAUCUUUCCUACUCCAUGAAAGAUGACUUGGAGAAUGUAAAAAGUCUUGGAACUUCUCUGAUGAGUAAAAUGAAGAAUAUCACUUCAGAUUUUCGAAUUGGUUUUGGUUCUUUUGUGGAAAAAACUGUUAUGCCUUACAUUAGUACCACACCAGCCAAACUCAAGAAUCCAUGUACAGGUGAUCUUAACUGUACCAGUCCCUUUAGCUACAAAAAUGUGCUCAGCCUCACUGGCAAUGGAACCCUAUUCAAUAAACUUGUAGGCAAACAGCACAUUUCUGGCAAUUUGGAUUCUCCUGAAGGUGGAUUUGAUGCAAUAAUGCAAGUUGCUGUUUGUGGUGAAAAAAUUGGAUGGAGAAAGGAUGUCACGCGAUUGUUGGUGUUUUCCACGGAUGCUGGAUUCCAUUUUGCUGGAGAUGGGAAACUUGGAGGAAUUGUUUUACCAAAUGAUGGACAAUGCCAUUUAGAUAACAAUAUGUACACGAUGAGCCAUUAUUAUGAUUAUCCCUCGAUUGCUCAUCUUGUUCAGAAACUAAGUGACAAUAAUAUACAGAUAAUUUUUGCUGUGACACAAGAAUUUCAGCCGGUUUACAAGGAGCUGAAGAACUUGAUUCCAAAAUCUGCUGUGGGAACGCUGUCUUCGAACUCCAGUAAUGUGAUUCAAUUGAUCAUUGAUGCGUACAAUUCACUGUCUUCAGAAGUUAUUUUGGAAAACAGCAAGUUACCAAAAGAAGUCACAAUUGAAUAUAAAUCUUUUUGCAAGAAUGGAGUGAAUGGCACAGGAGAUGAAGGACGAAAGUGCUCAAACAUUUCAAUUGGAGAUGAGGUUAAGUUUGAGAUUAAAGUAACAGCCACCCAGUGUCCAGAAAAAGGUCAAAUUGAACCCAUUAGAAUCAAACCACUGGGUUUCACUGAAGAGGUAGAAAUUAAGCUGGAGUUCAUCUGUGAGUGCGAAUGUCACAAGGAAGGAAUUGUAGACAGUCCACUGUGCCAUAAUGGAACAUUUGAGUGUGGUGCUUGCAGGUGUAAAUCAGGGCGUAUUGGAAAACACUGUGAAUGCAGCAUGGAUGAAGUAAACAGUGAAGAUAUGUCAGGCACCUGUAGAGCACCGAACACUACAGAAAUAUGUAGCAACAAUGGAGAAUGCAUUUGUGGACAGUGUGUGUGCAAGAUAAGAGAUAACCCAAAUGAAAUAUACUCUGGCCAGUUUUGCCACUGUGAUAACUUCAACUGUGAUCGAUCCGAUGGCUUGAUUUGCGGAGGACAUGGCGAAUGUAAAUGUCGUGAAUGUGACUGCUGGCAAAACUACACAGGCUCUGCUUGCGAGUGUCCCCUGGAUACAACCCCAUGCGAAGCUGCUAAUGGGCAAAUCUGCAAUGGCAGAGGGAUCUGUGAGUGUGGGGUCUGCAACUGCACUGAUUCCAAAUUCCAAGGACCUACCUGCGAGUUAUGUCAGACCUGUGUGGGAGUCUGUGCAGAGCACAAGGACUGCGUCCAGUGCAGAGCUUUUGGCAAAGGGGAAAAGAAAGAUAAAUGUCAAGAAGAAUGUUCACAUUUUAACAUGACACUGGUAGACCAUAGGGACAAGCUGCCACAACCUGGUGAUUUUGAUGCACAGACCCACUGCAAAGAGAAGGAUAUUGAUGACUGCUGGUUUUACUUCACCUACUCGGUGGAAUCGAACAAACCCAUUGUCCAUGUGGUGAAGACACCAGAAUGCCCAACUGGCCCUGACAUCAUUCCCAUUGUUGCUGGUGUAGUUGCUGGAAUUGUUUUGAUUGGCCUUGCUUUAUUGCUGAUUUGGAAACUACUUAUGAUAAUUCAUGACAGAAGAGAAUUUGCAAAAUUCGAGAAGGAAAAAAUGAAUGCAAAGUGGGAUGCGGGUGAAAAUCCUAUUUAUAAGAGUGCUGUGACAACUGUGGUCAAUCCGAAAUAUGAGGGAAAAUGAAAAAAAAACCCCUGCUUUGUAACUUCACAACACUGUAUGCGAUGUAGCAAUUUUGUAGUCACAGUAACUUAGCUUUAGGGCAAUUCUGCAAUGAAUUUACUAAUUCAUUACGUUAGGUUCGUUUCCUAUGCAGGUUUUUUAAAUGUACAGUACGAUUUUAUUUUUGUGAAGAUUUUUGUUUUCUUUUGUGUAUGAAAUCAGUGCCAGAAAACUUGAGACUGCAUAGCCCAUUCUGCUUAAGGUCACAUUGUGCCUUUUUGACCUUUUUCUCCUGUGACAGGAGUGAAAUGGCUGAAACAAUCAGUAUAAGGGGCUCUGCCUAGCCAUUAAGUAUUAAUAUUAGACCAGUUUUAGCUUUACAGGUACAUCAGGGCUGUGGCUUGCACAGUUUAUGCAAGCCAGGUAAUUUCUUUGAAACAUAAAAGUUUUACUUAGAUUGUGAAUAAUGAAGUGUCUGCCUCAAGACUUACCUUAUUGGAUACAGUAAGCUGAAUGAGAUGGAAAUCAUGACGUAAAAGACAAUUUAAUAAGUUCUUAAGCAUUUUAAAUUGUCAAGAUGUUAUAAAGUAGAAGGACUAAUAGGUCUGAAAUAGCUUUAAUCAUGCCAUAUUUUUAUGCCAUUGCUGUACAGUAACCUAAAAUCUUUACUUUGUAAAUUCAUGUUGUUGGCUUUGGUACUGUGAAGUACCAGGACACCAUCUAAAUGCAUAAAGGCCUUAAUUUCAUUAGGUGUGCUUUUUUACAAAAAUCUUCCUUGGUUUAAAGCCUGGUGUUUGUCACCUUUUUUAUGUAUCUGGUUUUAUUUUGUAUAAGAUUACUGUCAAAACAACUUGAUUUCCCCCCACAGUUUUGGCUGUAAAUUUGCCUUUACCCUGUAGCUAAAUUGCUUAACUGUCUAAGAUGCGGUCAGAAGAUACCAUUAUUUGAUGUGUCAUGUAUAUAUAUGCCUCUGACCAUUCUGUCCUAUCAUAUCACAUGCUUAUUUUAAGUGCCUUUGAUUUUAACAAAUGUUCACUUUUUACAGUGCUAUUAUGGAAGUUAUUUAUUAAAUAAAAGAUUAAAUCAGA